AUGAAUGUCCUAUGUUGGAAUAUUAGAGGCAUUUCUUCCUCCAUGUCUCUUCUUGCACAUUACUGCAGCAUCUACAGACCGUGUUUCCUUGGCAUUCUUGAGCCCAAGUCUAGGUUCUCGGGGAUUUCAAGUUCUUUUUGGCGUUCUUUACAUCUGGUCCCGGUUCACCAGAAUACUCGUGACAGACGUCGCUCCAAUAUCUGGGUUUUUGCUGAUCCGUCUCUUGUUCCGACAGUGGUGUUCUCUUCUGCUCAGGUGGUGGUCAUCCGUUGCUCUCUUUUGGGGACUUUAUGCACUCUGGCUUUCACUCACGCCUUUUGUAAUUAUGUGGAGCGUCGUCAACUCUGGUUAGACAUGAUUCCUUUCAUUGGAGGCCCUUCCCUUAUAAUUGGAGAUUUCAAUGCGGUUUUAGGGGCCCAUGAGCGACGAGGGCGUCGCGUUCCGGCUUCCACACCCUGUGAUGAGUUCCGUGCUUUCAUUGAUGCUCAUGAUUUGAUUCAGCCGGAUACCUCGGGUCCUUUCUUCACGUGGACUGACAGACGGAGAUUCCCUUCCCCUAUUGAGUCGGUUCUUGACCGUGCUCUUUUCUCUCAGGGUUUCGCUGAUAUUUGGUAUUCAUCUACCUCGAUUGUCCUUCCUAGGCUUGGGUCUGACCAUUCCCCCAUUUUGUUGAGAUGCCAGGACACUGCGAAUCCUCCUGCUGGACGUCGGUUUCGUUUUCUGAAUAUGUGGUGCUCGCAUGAGGGUUUCCUUGAUCAAGUCCGUGCUUCUUGGACUCUGCCGCUGGAUUAUCCUUGCCCGAUGGUCAGGAUUAUGAAAAAGUUGAAGCGACUACGACCGACUCUCAAGACCUGGAACAGAGAAGUUUUUGGGAACUACAAUACUACUCUUGCCGAGCUUCAACAGGAUCUGAGUUCUCUUCAAGAAAAUAUUGACGAACAAGGUUAUACGGAGGACUUUUUCGAUCAGGAGGUCAGUUUGCAAGCUCGUAUUGGUUCGACCCUCAUGCGCAAGUCUGAACACUUGAGGCAGCAAAGUCGGGUUUCUUGGCUUUCCGACGGGGAUAGAAACACUCGCUUCUUCCACUCUAUGGUCAAAUGGCGUCGUUCCAAUCAAAAUAUCAAGCAGCUUAGCAUUGAUGGGGUUAUCUCGGAGGACCCGGUUGUCAUGGCGAAUCAUGUGAUCCAGUUCUACGAGGAUCUCUUCUCUGAGCCUGUCUAUGCGCCUGUGGACAGAUCGUGGAUUUCUGGUUAUGUUCCUGCUUCGGUUACUUCGGCUCAGGCUGACAUGCUCACAGCCAUUCCUUCGGCUGAUGAGAUUCAUUCGGCCGUUUUUGCCAUGGAUAGGCAUAGCGCUCCUGGCCCGGAUGGGUUUAACGGGCCUUUUUUCAGCACUCGUGGGAGGUGGUGGGGGAGGAUUUAG